AUCAUGCAUCAUACGUAUCUAAAGGCAUCUGUGAGUAUGCUUCAAUCGGUGGCGGAAUUUGUCUCGCAAUACUCACCGCAGGCGGGUCAACAGUCGUUGUCAUCUCUCGCACUGGUGGCUGCUGCAAUUUUCUGCAUUGUGAAUGUCUUAGUAAGCCUUGUUCGGAAAAGGAAACUUGCUGUAAAGUCCGUGGAUGGAAUACCGGGACCUAAAGGUCACUGGCUAAAGGGACAUCUUGAUUAUGCACGGUUUGAUGGAGGUGGACUUCAAUUCCACGAGAAAUGUGCUUUAGAAUUCAAAACUUGCUACCGUCUGUGGUUUGGCCCGCUUAAGCCACUGGUAGUCUUGUGUCACCCAGAAACCGUCAAAGUCAUUCAGUCCAGUAAUGCACCCAAAGAAAAACUUGUAUACAACCUUGUCAGGCCUUUCAUAGGGGAUGGCUUGGUAACUUCAUAUGGAGACAAGUGGUUUCGAAUGAGAAGACUCCUCACUCCGGCUUUUCACUUUGAGAUUCUCAAGCCGUACGUUCGAGUUUUCCAGGAAUCCACCAAUGUACUUCUGGAGAAAUGGUCUUCUCAACAGAGUGGCGAGGUGGAGUUGUUUCAUCAUGUUAGUCUGAUGACAUUAGACUCCGUUCUCAAAUGUGCGCUCAGUUACAGAACCAACUGCCAGACUCAAAAAAAACAGGAUCCUUACAUUGUGACUGUUUAUGAAGCUUCGAACCAGAUUUUGAACAGACUAAUGAAUCCCCUCAUUCAUGACGACACCAUCUACAAGCUGACGCCUGACGGAAGAAGGUUCCAUAAAAACUGUGCCUUUGUUCAUGCUAAAGCAGUUGGAAUAAUAAAAGCAAGGCGUAAAGCUCUAGAGGAUGAUGAGGAAAUGGAGAAACUCAGGAAAAAGAAGCACUUGGAUUUCCUAGAUAUUCUACUGGAGGCGAAGGACGAAAAUGGAAGCGGCUUAACAGACGAAGAAAUCGUCGGGGAAGUCGUGACAUUCAUGUUUGCAGGGCACGAUACAACGGCAAGCGUCAUUUCGUGGACUUUGUACAAUUUGGCCAGAUUCCCGGAGCACCAAAAGAAAUGCCUGGAGGAAAUUGAAGAAGCGUUCGGAAACGAUGAUGAGAUGGAGUGGAAGCAGCUCGGCAAACUGAAAUAUCUGCUCAUGUGCAUUAAGGAGAGUUGCCGGUUAUUCGCCCCAGUCCCCAUAAUCAGUCGAACAUUGGACAGGACCUAUGAAAUUGAUGGUCAUUCCGUGCCGGAAGGAACUUGGGUGAUGACCAACAUCUACGCUUUACAUCUUAACCCACACGUGUGGAAGGACCCUAAGAAGUUCGACCCACUGCGCUUCACGACUGAAAACGCCAAAGAUAUGUCACCGUAUGCCUUCAUUCCGUUUUCGGCUGGUCCAAGGAACUGCAUUGGACAAAACUUUGCCCUGAUGGAAGUCAAAUUGUCUGUGGCUUUGAUCAUACGCAAGUUCAAGUUAUCUGUUAAUCGUGACUGUUGCGUACCAAUCGAUGACUUGAUUCCAGAGCUAAUUUUGCGAGCUAAAAAUGGGAUAAAAGUGAAUAUUUCCCCUCGAACUUAAAAAAACACAAACACACACCGCUGUAGACAGCAUUCGGUACUGAUAACUUACAAUCUCAAGAAUCCACAAGUAAGAUUUCAACGAAAAGCCCUCCCAACUGAUAUAUUUGCUACCACAAGUGUUUUCAAAUACGGGUUGCAAAACCGUUGUAAAUAGUUAAAUAAGCGCAGUAAUGCUGAUAACGGCCUUAGCAAGUAGAUAGAUGUAAACGACAUUUAUAACAGACAGCAAGGUUACACGCAUUUUAAACCAAAACAAGACGCGUAUGUGCGGGGAACUCGAGCUUCCCAUAUUGUAAUUUCUGAAUUUUCUAUUUUCAUAGUUCGAUAUUUGGAAAGACCGCCAAUGUUAUAUGUGUUUGAGACUGACCAUUAACUACAAUAUAGUAAAAGACCUUACUUGAAAAAUGGUAGUAUUUAAUGCAUCGUUGCUGUGUAUGCAGGUUCUUUUUUUUAAUUAAAAUUUGCAUUCUUCCUACG